AUGACCAUCUAUUUAUUUCUUGUCCCAGUGGGUCUAUUUGAGAAUGUGCUUUUACAUAAAGACUACUUGUUAAAAAUUUGGGUUAUGCUAGCUAUAAUUCCAAAAAAAAAGCGUUGGCGUCAAUGGCGUUCAAUGGGCCCUCUGGACCACAACACAUAUUUGGAUAUUUGUGAUUUAAAGAAAAACAAAAAGAAAUGGAACCUUAAUUUGUAUAAUUUCUUCAUGUUUAUACCCACGUCUACUAGGUUUGGCUUUGGCUUUUUAAAUGCCAUUUGGUAUAUUAUAUCUUACAUUAAAACCAUGUAUUUGUUAUAUCGCAUUUUGUGUCUGGUAUACCAACCUAGUGGGUAA